AACAUCAGAAAUCUCUCUUUCCGCAAAUACAAGCGAGAGGCUGUUGACUUUCGGUAUCGUUUCCGGAGAACUCGAGUCGUGCGGGGACACUUCUGUUUAUGUGAAACCGGGACAGUGCAGUUGGAGGUGGGGCAGAUUCCAGCUGUAAGAGUCAUCCGGGCGUUGUUAGCGGAACCGAGCAGCUUCUCCAUGUCCGUGCUGGCGCAGAGCGAACACGGCUGCGUGCUGGAUUCACGCGCCCUCAUCGACCAGGGGUUCACGCGCUGCCUCCGCUGGAAACACGGUGAACGGACUCACGUGCAGUGUCGCUUUAAGAGCCAGUGGUUCCAGAUGUUAAGGAGCCACGAGGCCGCAGCUGUGGAUGCGGGACACGUGGAAAUGUUGCAGAAAGCAAACAAACCACCGAAGAAAAGGAAAAGAAAACACAGCGAACUCAACCAGGGGGAAAUUGAUUCACAAAUCUUCCACGAGAAGGUCAGGUCUGUCGUCUCCGAAGGAACCAAGUCCUUGCUGGAUUCUUCCCGAUCCCUGGGUUAUCUGAACGGAGCGACCGACACCGUUAAAGAGCCACUUCCUGUCCAGGAGUGCAGCCUGGCCGCUCUUUGUGAAAUGGCUAAAGAGCUACCUCUGGUGGACGACGAGGAGCAGGAACAUGUCCAGUCACUUGUCGCUGAGGGUGGCUGCACGUCACAUGUGGACUUGUUCUCUCGGGUGACGGAGAACAGGGCGGACCAGGCCACAGUGGUUACACUGAUGGGAGAGGAGUACGUGAUACCGCAGCACGCAUCCUUCCUGCUGUCUGAUUUCACACGAAUACAACCGCUAGUCCACUAUGGAAGAAAGUUUGACUUAAUCGUCAUGGAUCCACCGUGGGAAAACAAGUCUGUGAAAAGGAGUCGCAGAUACAGCUCUCUCCCCUCAUCCCAGCUGAAACGUCUCCCUAUCCCUCUACUGGCGUCUACGAACUGUUUGGUUGUCACCUGGGUCACAAACCGGCCCAGCCACCUGCGCUUCGUCCGUGAGGAGCUGUAUCCACACUGGGGGUUAGAGGUCGUAGCCCAAUGGCUCUGGGUCAAGGUGACCACAUCUGGACAGUUUGUGUAUCCGCUGGAUUCACCGCACAAGAAGCCGUAUGAAGUGCUGCUUCUGGGCCGAUACCGUCCCUCUGCAGAUCCCUCCACGAGCUCCUCAGAGACGUCAGAGGUUCCUGUAGAAGACUCGCGUUUGAUUGUCAGCGUCCCAUCAGCUCUCCACUCCCAGAAGCCCUCACUCUCAGAGGUGUUGAAGCGGUACGUCGGAGCGGACGCCUCGUGCCUGGAGCUGUUUGCUCGAAGCCUGCAGCCCGGAUGGACCAGCUGGGGCAACGAGGUGCUCAAGUUUCAGCACACGAGCUAUUUCACUCUGACACCCGCAGACGAUCCGGCAGACAUUUCUAAAGAUGAGGACAAACCCACAGUCACACUGUAGAGCCCAACUCCCCUGGUGAACCCUCUCCUCCUCCUCUCCUCUUCAUCCCUGGCCCACCACUGUGGACUAAUGACUGAUUUUAAACACUUGUCACAUCAGUAUUUCUCUGUUUUUAAUAAAGUUUCAACACCAAAAUGCUUCUAUACCAGUUUCCUUUUGAUCUGCACUUCUCCUCAUGCAUGCGGGACCUUUGAUUUCUUUUUGGGUUGGGGUACGUUUUUUAUGUAGUUAACCACAGGGCUGCCUUUGGAGAGAUGAAAGUGCAUUUCUGUUUUCGCUGUGUUUUGAACCUUACUUCCCAAAUUGCAAUCAGAUAAACAGAGUUUUUUCUCUUUUAAUAUUUGCCUUUUGAGGAAUCUCUGGCACAAUAUGUGUCUUAAGGAUGAUCAAAGUAUUUUUUAUUUUCUUACAUUUCAUGGUGUUUGAACUGAUUCUCAAAAUGUUUCCCAGUAUUAUACAGAAUCGCUUAAAGAUGUUUUUUUGUUUUUUUCUUGAACAAUUCUCUAAAGGACACUUAGUUCAAUAGAUAAUUUGUCCGUGGAUUUUCCUUGUUUCCUCUGAAAGAUGCCAUCUUCUCUGUCAGCAAAGGCCACAGCCGGCCUCCUCCGACAAGGCAGGGCCUCCCUAAUGAGUCUGUGGUAUCCAGAGGAUGGAGCGGAGGUGUGGCAGCGUGUGGGGAUGAAUAGCGCUGUCUUAAAGGCAGAUGAGGAUGAGUUACGGCCACUGCAGCACAGUAUACAUCACAGCUAAUGAAGACAGAGUAUUUGAAAAGUCGACUCAGCGAAAUGUUCACUCAUCUAUGAAUUGCCAGUGGCUUUUCAUUGAUGUCCUCCAGUAUUCUGCUCUUUCAAUGCUAAUUCAUCAUCCUUCAAGCCGACUGGUCAAAACUACCAAGCUAGAUCUGCAGGGGUGACAGGAUGCGGAUCGGCAGGAGUGCGCGGCGGUGGGUCCAUGAUUAGACCAGAUCGGAACUGCAGGGUGUGGUGUUCUCUGUACCGCUGUCACACACAUCAAACAGUCAGGCGUCGCCAUCAGGUACGAAGGAUCAGCAGGAAACUGAGAGACUGGAGGUGGAGAGUGACUCAAAGCUUCGGUUCUCCUGUGUCGUCACUGCCCCUCUGACCUCUGGGCUUGUUUACACCCUAUGUAUGGGUGUGCGGUCCUGGUCUUAUCCACGUUGUGGGGACACCGACUACAAAGUUGCAUUACAAGGACAUGUCUUCCUUAUGGGGACGUAAGUCACGUGAAGACAUGUUUUAAGGUUCAAGGAUAAAGUUAGGGAUAGGUAUGUAGUAGGUUUUGGUUAUGGACAGAGUUUGUGUUAUAAGUCAAUGUACAGUGCGUGUCUGUCUGUGUGUGUGUGUGUGUUGGUGAGUAUGCACAUAGGCAGAUGCAGGUGUGUGUGUGACAACCACAGGGAGUUGGUGGUGAAAAAAUUAAUGCCUGUAAAUGAAUUAACCCUGAGCAGCUCUCACACUCGCAGGAAAAACAAAUUUGCACCUCUUUCACACUCACCUGGCUGCAUUUAUUCAUGAACUUCUCACAUGUAAGAAAGGCACAAAGAUGGUGAACAUGGAGAGAGCUUUUAAUGCUGCAAUUUACAUAACUCCAGACACUUUCUACAGAAUGUACUAUUCAUUUUACAGGCGAGAUUCAUGGAGCACAAUUAAAAUGUGAACAGGAGGCUUUUACGUGUCUUAUUAAACACUGUAAAGGACAGAUUUUAUUGUUACACAAUGAAGGGAAUCUCUUUUGAAUAACAGCAAUACACCACUUGUUUCUGAGCUUUCAGGCAAUACAAAGUCUCAACUGAAACUUUCAAUGGACUAUGAAUGUUAUGAACAAACUAGUUCUAUCAUAGUGUUGCACUUGGUUGUGUGUAUGAUUGUAGUGGAAGUGGCCUGGUAGUUUAAAGAAAUGACAGCUUGAGAAAAUCCUCCUACUUUCUGCUUUUCUAUUUUAUAAAUCUUUGAAAAUGUCAAUCGAUUUCUUCCUCAACUAAAAUGUUCAAUCUGAGAGAAACUAAAAUAUUCCCCACAUUGUUAGUCAGGAAUGUAGUGUUAAUGUAUCAUGUACUGGAUAUGAAUGACUAUACAGUUGGUUGGUUUAUCAGGUAUUGCCAGAUUUUUCCCUUCUUCUUUGGUUUCUGAACGUGUGAGCUACACUAUUUCCGAUGUGCAAAUUAAAACGGAAAUCCUGCUAUGAACUCGC